GCGUACGCAACAAACAUGGCAGCUUCCAGCAGUAGGGCUGUAUUAGUCUGGCAGCAUGGGAGAGUAUCUGGUGUUAAUCUGCUGCUGUCCCUGCUGAGCCCUUCCAGGAUUUUUCUGCCAUGCUUUUCUCAGGUCAGAACCAAGAGGAGACACUUUAUUCCUCCAGCAGUUGAUAAAAAACAGACGACUAUCUUUGAUCAGGAGGCCAAAGCUAGAGCAGCUGGGCUUGUAGUGAGCCAACAGUAUGCUGAGCGCACUAUCAACAUAGCCUGCACAGCUGGAAUUUUUGACGCAUAUGUGCCACCAGAGGGAGAUGCAAGAAUGUCCUCUUUAUCGAAGCAAGGUUUGAAACAGAGAGCAGAGCAAGUGAAACAGACCGCUGCAUCCCAGCUAGCAAUCCGCAAGAUCAAAGAUUACGACAAGGACUUCACGACAAAAGCGUUUCCAGAAAAGGCCCAGGAGAUAUUCAUUGAAGCUCACAACUCUUUAGCAAACUUCAACAAGGAAAAGUUACACAGCUUGGUGACAGAAAGGUGUUAUCCGGAAAUGGUGCGUGGCAACCGCUACAAAACAAUCCACUGGAAAUUUGUGGAAUCUUUGGAACCCACCAGAGUUGUACAUGCACGUUCCUCAGAUAUGGUGAAUAAAGGGAAUAUUUAUGGGCAGGUAACCGUGCGAAUGCACAGCAAACAGGUUUUAGCAAUCUACGACCGGUUUGGUCGACUGAUGGUUGGCAGCGAGGAGAUUCCUAAGGAUGUACUGGAAUAUGUGGUAUUUGAGAGGCACCUAACAAACCCCUAUGGCCAGUGGAGAAUGCAUGGCAAAAUUGUACCAGCCUGGGCACCACCUAAAGAUCCCAUAAUCAAGACAAUACUGAUCCCAGGACCUGACUUGAAGCCAUGGGAGGAGUUUGCAGAGAUGAACUAUGAAGUCCCAACAUCAAAGCAAGUCCAGUGGUACAAAUAAACAGCCUCAGUAUCAAGAAGUGUCACCUAGAUCCACAUGAGCUCGAUGGUAUUGAAUGGUUUUAUUUAAGAAUUCCACACAGCUCAACAAUCUUGCUUUCAGAGAAAAGAUUAACUAUUUAUUGCCCUUACGUUCAGUCUCUGUGGUCCUUUGAUUGUUCACAGCACACUGCAGUGUAAGAACAAAUCCUCUCAGCAGUGCCUCCACAUUCCAUGGGCUUGUGAUUCAGAUGGAUAUGAGAGUUUGGAAGUUUUUGCUCUGUAGAGUUCUGAAAUCUGUAAGGCACUAUACAAAAUAAAUCUAUUCUGUAAUAAUUGUGUUCACUGGUGUUACUACAAAGGUCAUAUCUCAUUUUUGUGCUUGGAUUACUUGGGACAGAUGAGACAAACUUUUCUGUUUAUUAUUUUUAUUUAAAUGUGUUAAAGGCACUCGCACACCUAUUUGUUUUGUCUAUACAUUUUUUGUGUUUGUGUCAUAUACACACACUGUCUUAUAAUAACUGAUAAUCUGUCCUUCGUUGCUUUUCAGUUUCUGACUUGGUGACAGAACAAUAGCCCAUCAGCCUUUACAGACACUGCUUGUCAGUGCAUAUAUUAAUAUAAGUUGAUGUCUUUCUUGGUCUUUCAGCUGUACAAAAAUGCAUUAGAACAUUUGACAGUACAGAGCAACUACUGUGUUUGUGCAUUUAUCAAAGACAAAAAUAAAUGGAUUAUGGUGUCUGCCUGA